AUGUCUGACAACGCCUACGAGAAAUCCGUGGGUGGCCCAUUCUUCCGUGAUAUCAACAACCAAUGUACUACAGCGAAUGAGCUCACAUUCUACAUGUUUUCGGACCAUACGCGUACCGAGGACUACCGCUACGGAUUUCACGGUCCGUACGCAUUAGUGUUCACUGAUGGAACAGCACCUUCCACGUCGGAUGUAGACUUCGACUUCUUCCAAGACUUGGAUCUAACGGGUUUCACCUCGGAAACAGAGCGCGGUUCCGUGUCUGGCUCCAUCAUUGACAGCAACGAUGUGCUCGGUAGCUCUGGUGUCGUUGUCAGUUUCUCAAACGAUGAUGCACAGUACUGGGUAUCCGUGGACUCGAAUGCAACGAUGUUCACGUCACCGCUGAUGCGGCCCGCGGUGGUGACGGGGGGUUCUACAACAACGCAGACCCUUGAGGUGACGUACGAGCUUGAGUCUAGUCCCAUUUGGCGUAUUGGUGAAUGGGAUGGCGCGUCCGACGGGUUCCUUAACGCUGCGAAUAUCCACACCAUGCACCCCAGCGAUUCACGUUUGGAAACGUGGGUGGAGUCUCUGACAUUCGCCCCAGGCAAGGACGACGAUAACACCUUCCCCUGGCGAUGUUCCGUGCUAGCAGCGGACGUUGCAGCGUCACAGCGAACGGUGACUGGACUGCAAAGGUGCAGCCGUCCGUGGCUGUUUCAACGCGGUAUCACGCGCGGUGUAACACUGGGCAACUACAAGCAUUACGAGUACAGUAUCCCGAGCUCUGCUCUUGUCACCGGUACAAACACGAUAGAGCUGUCGGUUGCCAGUGGCUCAACCGACUCCAGCGAGGAGUGGCUGUCUGCGUCCGUUGUGUUUGACGCCAUCGAACUUGUGUAA